GGAACAGGUGGAAAAUUCUGUGUGUCGUUUCAAAUUGUUCCCGAGCUCGGAAGAGAAAACCGACACUGUGAAGGUUUGACAGCCGUAGCGAUCAAACAGUUUGCGAAAGUCCGAGUCUUUGAACUUCUGUCAUAUCCCAAACUUCGAAACGGUCGCUGCGACUUGGUGAAUCUUUCUAGCGGUUGACGGCGGCAACGAUGAUCAGAAAGAGGGAAAGAGAAAACCCGUGUGGGGUUUGCGGGCACUACCAUAAGUACGAAGAAGGCGAGGUUUGCGGGAUUUGCGGCCACCGGAUUCCGGAUUCCUCCACCGACAAACCUUCCGUCCACAUCAGCGCUUUCCCUUCUGAGAUCCUUCCGGACUUUCUCUAUCUGGGUAGCUACGACCACGCCUCAAGGUCCGAGCUUUUGAAAACCCAGGGGAUUUCUCGGAUUCUCAAUUUAAUGGGUUUGAUUGGCUGUAGUGCUGAUUGUGGAUCGAGAUGGAUUGGGUGUGGUCUGCACAUGAGUUACUCGACAGUACCUGCUUGUCAAAAUCUUUACAAGAACUCCUUCACCUAUCAUUGCCUCCAAGAUGACAAAACUUUGCAGUUUGAUGAAGCCAUACAAAUUUUAGAACAAUGCGAGAACGAAAAGGCUCGUAUUCUUGUACACUGCAUGUCAGGAAAGAGUAGGUCUCCAGCAAUUGUAAUAGCUUACUUAAUGAAGUCCAAGGGAUGGAGGCUUGCACAAAGUUACCAGUGGGUGAAAGAACGAAGACCUGCUGUUGAAUUGACUGAAGGGGUAAACCAGCAACUGCAGGAGUACGAGCAGAGGCUACUCUUGUCUGCAGAUAACACCAAUCCUGGAAUUCCAGCCUUCCCACCAGCUGGCUCACCAUCAUUUAGCUUUGGAUUCCCAAAAGUCUACAACGAUCUAGCACCACCUCCAGCUGCUACCUUUCCGGCUUUCAGUCCCCCCGGUGCCACCUCAAUUUUCUCGCGCCCUCUGGAUGUACCUCUGCAGGAGUUCCAGUUUGGGGCUGGCCUUCCUCAGGGUAACCCGAAAAGCCCUAGCGGCGGAGAUGUUUCAAUGGAUACAUAAAAUAGAAAAGCUAGGACUCUGUGAACAAUGUUUAGUAGAAGCUGGAUUUGGUGCUGUAUAAGGAGUUUUGUAUUAUGAAGUAUUCUUUUGGGAGUUCUUUGAGCUGUACUCGUCACUUUUCUUGUUCUAUACAUAGUAGUAAUUCAUUGAGGGGGGGAGGAAUUGUUAUUUUUGGCAUUCUUUUCCGUCUCCCUCUAUCUCGUAGUUCCCACAAAUUGCAAGGUUUUUUUAAUUGGAACCUAGACCUGUUCCUUUUUCUCUUAUUAUAAAAUUAAUUUAUCGACUGAGG